AAGUUGAACUAUCAUUAUUGAAACGGUGACGACAACGACGUUCCCCUCUUUAUUUUUUAUUUCAGUCUGGUUUUAUUAUAUUUUAUAUGGAACAUCGUCUACGUUGUGUCGGCUCAAUGUUGUGAUAUUACAUCUAUUUUCUUCGAAGUUCAACACUCACUCACAGUCAAACUCACACUUUAAGAUAUUCUAAUAAUACAUCAAUGGUCUUUGGUUGUUUAAAUCUCUUCGGGGGUUUUACAAAUCUAGAAAAAUAGAUAUUUACAUUCACCGUUAUUCCUACUACACUAGUUGUAGCUGUCAACAGGCUUACCUUGAUGACACUACCUCUGCUGCCCACCCGGCGGCUCUCACUCACAUAAACGGUACCACUAGCAGCACCACCACCAGCAGAAUCGUACCCACUGUCGCAACUGUUGCCUUCUUCCAACCGAUCCACACGGCACUGUCGUUCCUCAGCAACAAUUAUUCCCAAACCCUGCUGCAGUCCAUCCUUUUGCUAGUGGUACCGCUACUUUUACUGCUGCUACUCUCUUCACGCCUCUUUCAGAAUAUGUCCAAGAAGCGGGUGGCCACCCAUGCUGGAAGCUGGUAUUCUGUGGAUGCUGAUGAACUUAAUAGUCAGUUGACACAAUGGUUAUCAAAAGUACAAGCAGUCCAUUCUCCAGCCAGAGCUAUUAUUGCACCCCAUGCUGGUUAUAUCUACUGUGGAGCAUGUGCAGCUCAUGCCUACCGACAAAUUGAUCCUCAAAAAAUUAAAAGAGUAUUUAUCCUAGGUCCUGCUCAUCAUGUCCGUCUUUAUGGUUGUGCACUGUCAGCAAUGGAGAAGUAUCAGACCCCUUUUUAUGAUCUCACUAUUGACAGUAAAGUUUACAAAGAGCUCAUGGCUACAGGCCAUUUUGAGCAAAUGUCAAGAGAGACUGAUGAACAAGAACAUAGUAUAGAAAUGCAUUUACCAUAUAUAGCUAAAGUAAUGGAGAGUAAAAAAGGACAGUUUACUAUAGUUCCAGUUCUUGUAGGUUCAUUACAAGGAGAUAAAGAAAAAAUUUAUGGGAAAUUAUUGGGGGAACAUCUAUCGAACCCAGAAAAUUUGUUUGUGGUAUCUUCUGAUUUUUGUCACUGGGGUCGUCGUUUUAAUUUUAUUUAUAAUGAUGAGGCAGCUGGUGAAAUAUGGCAGUCUAUUGAAUCUCUGGAUAGAAUGGGAAUGUCUAUUAUUGAAAGGAUGGAUGCUAAAGCAUUUUCAGAAUACCUGCAACAAUAUCAGAACACUAUAUGUGGUCGGCAUCCAAUCAUGGUUCUGCUUCAUGCAAUUGAAAGUAUUCAAGAAAUUGGUCACAACUUUAACAUGAAGUUUCUAAAAUAUGCUCAGUCCAGCCAAGUGAAACACAGUCGCGAUUCGUCAGUUAGUUAUGCAUCUGCUGCUCUUACCAUUCAGUGACGUUAAUUUCUGUUUAACAUCACAAUAUUCUGCACUUUUAUCACUUUUUUUUUUGUAAAGUGUAUGAUGAUAUACACACAUAUACAUAUAUAUAU